UUGUUUUGCACAAAUUACCAAAACGAUUACCACUCAUGCUUCUGAACAGUCAUGGGUUAAAUGUGUAGCUGCCUAAACAAUGGAUCUACAGAUAACCUUGUUAACAUUGUUCUUUAUUCUGACUGUGCAGGUGAAUUGCAACUCUCAUCUGUCAAAACAAGAUCUGGAGCUGAAGGGAAAGGCAUUCUUAAUGUGUUUCACAAGAAAGUUUUAUGACUUCACCUGCUUCUGGGAGGCACCUGUAGGACAAUCCUAUGACUUCCUUUAUCAAACAGAUGAGGGUGAGGAGAGCAGAUGUAACAUAAGUCAGCAGCAGACUGCAGAAGGAAAAAUCUUCCAUGUCUGCUUCUUCCCACCCAGUGAUGUCUUUAUGUUCUCUCCCUUAAACAUCAAAAUGGUUGAUAAAGACACCAACACAACUGUCUACAACGACAUGCUUUAUGUAGAGGACAACUGCCUGUUAUAUCCUCCAUCGAAUGUAUCUGUUCACCAUACUGGAAAGGCAGGGGAAAUUCUGGUUAAGUGGCCAGCAGCAACAGAAAAACCUGUUCAAUAUGAGCUACAUUACACCUCGAAUGCAUUACAGGAUACAGUUAAACUGAAAAAAGAUUCCAAAUGUGAGCACACGCUGACCUCCCUGGUCCCAGGACAGCUAUGCACAGUGCAGAUAAGGGUUAAGCACACUUUAACUGAUACUGGUGGCCACUGGAGUCACUGGUCACAUCCAGUUACAGUCAUGGUACCUCAGACAGCAGCUGACAUUGAGUUAAAGUGCCACACUUCUGAUCUACACCAAAUCCGUUGUCAGUGGAACGAGGAGCGAUAUGGUCAAGCAAACCUUCAUUACCAACAAACUGUCAGGAAUAUUUGGGGGAACUGGAAGACCUGUGAGAAGAGUAUUGCCUAUGCAAGUCAAUGUUUUCUCUAUGGAGAGAAAUGCACCAUGUUUCAAGUUUACCUUAAUGCUACCUCCGGGCUCUUUAACCGAACCUUUUACAUGGAUGUGUUCAGCAUGAACAAUAGCAUUAAAACAGAGCCUCCAGGAGAGCUGAAAGAGGAGAUCAUUGGAGAAAGGCUUUGUCUGAGAUGGCUUUCUCCUCUUCCACAAAUAUCUGAGCAUUUACUGUAUCAGAUUCGCUACCGAACACAAAGAGAGAACAAGUGGAAGAUUUUUACAAUGCAAAAUCCUAAUACCAGCACCUGUCUGGAUGUACAAGCCAGUGGCACCUACACCAUUCAAAUAAAAGCUAUCCCCAAUGGAUUAUUGUACAAAGGGCAGUGGAGUGAUUGGUCUAAACCUCUAACAAAACAACUUAUUUCACAAUCAGGGAUGCUGUUUAUUGCCUGUGUACUAUUUGGCUUACUCAUUUCUGUUGUAUUGUUCUUCUCGUUCUCCAGAAAGUUCAUGCGGCUUCUGUGGCCACCGGUCCCGAAUCUGAAAAAUGUUCUGGAAAAUAUCCUGAAAGAUAUUGAUGGAGAACACUGGGAGCCCAACAUCAAGCUGUGUGAUGAUGAGGCCCCUGCUUCUGUGGUGGAGAUCAUGUCUGAUAAGAAAAUUUCCUGGACGUCAAACUACCCAGAUUUCCAACACUUCCAGUUGGCUGUGGAUUACAAAGAGGAGCAGGGCCUGGAGAUGAGCCAAGAGUACGUAAUCUUAAAAUCCAGCCCCGUCUACGACAUCUCAAACCUGAACGGGAACGAUUAUGUUUAUAGACUGAAUGCCUCAUUGGAUCAGCUUGAGGAAAAAGUCUGCUGUUAUUCUUCUCUUUGUUCGGACACUUUUUCUGUCUCCUCCACCAACAUCCUAAACCAUUCUUAUGUAGCUGAGAUUGAGAGUCUCCGAACCAUAACAGGAAAUUACAGCAAUAUUGAAACGGUAGCAACGGCUAAGGACAAGUGAAAAAGGCAGGGCAUGGCAGGGCAGGGCAGGGCAGGGCAUGGCAGGGCAGGGCAGGGCAGGGCAGGGCAGAUUCAUCUUCCGGUAGGCAUAGUGCAGGAAAAUCUUUUGGGGUUUAAUCUACAUGCUGUCAGGUUUGAAAGCAUUAAAGUAAAAUGGAAAUCUCUGUGUAUCUCUGACAGUAGUGUAAAUAUGCAUUGUUUUGCUUAAAACUAGAGGCUGUGCAGUAUGUUAAAAUCUCUGAAUACAUUAUUCUGCAAGCAUAAGGCAUGCCAGAUAGAGGAAACUUUAAAAUGAGCCAGCAGUAAGUGUCAUUUCUGUUGAACCACUUGUGAUAACCAACUGAUUUUCCACAGUCAUCACUUUGAAAUGUUUUACCACAAGUUAAAAACUGCCAGACUUUUCAGACGCGGAUAUAUAUAUAUAUAUAUAUAUAUAUAUAUAUAUAUAUAUAUAUAUAUAUAUAUAUAUAUAUCCAUUAGAGGAGAAAUAGAGUUCACCGUGUCGUAAUUACAUUUAUUCAGUGUGCAAUCACUAAGAUAGCGUUUUUGUUUUGUAUAUUAUAUUAACAGUAUGUUACAAGAUAGCAACAUGAUGCAGAUGUAUUAUGUAAUAAAUAUUUAGCAAUC